AUGCCUUCAAUACCCCCUUCAAGAUUGAUCGCGCUGCAGUCCAACCCGUCGCAUAUACGCAACAUAUGUAUAUUGGCGCACGUAGAUCAUGGCAAGACAUCUCUCUCGGACUCACUCAUUGCCACUAAUGGCAUCAUCUCGCCAAAGAUGGCGGGCAGAGUUCGCUACUUGGACUCGAGGCCGGACGAACAGACCCGAGGCAUCACGAUGGAGUCUUCGGCCAUCUCACUAUACUUCAGCAUGCUCAGAAGGCAGUCUCCAGAUGCAGAGCCGAAUGCGGAAGAAUACCUGAUCAAUCUCAUCGACUCUCCUGGUCAUAUCGACUUCUCGAGCGAGGUCAGCACAGCAAGCCGAUUGUGCGAUGCAGCAGUAGUCUUGGUGGAUGCCGUGGAGGGUGUCUGCAGUCAGACGGUGACUGUCUUGCGGCAGGUCUGGCUCGAAAAGCUGAAGCCAUUGCUAGUGAUCAACAAGAUUGACCGGCUGGUCACAGAACUGAAGAUGAGCCCCGGAGAAGCCUACAGCCAUCUUGAACGCAUUCUAGAAGGAGUCAAUGCUGUCAUUGGCGGCUUCUUCCAAGGCGAGCGAAUGGAGGAGGACUUGCAAUGGCGGAACAGGGCAGACCAAAGAAAGACGCGAGCCGAGCAAGCAUUGGAAGGAGGGCUUGAUAUCGAGACAGAGGCUAGCUUCGAGGAGCGAGAUGAUGAAGAUCUCUACUUCGCACCAGAGAAGAACAACGUCAUCUUCGCGAGCGCUAUAGAUGGUUGGGCUUUUACUGUGCGGCAAUUUGCAAGUAUCUAUGAGAAGAAGCUGUCCAUCAAAAGAACGAUCCUUGAAAAAGUCUUAUGGGGAGAGUUUUUCCUAGAUCCUAAGACGAAGAAAGUUCUUGGGACGAAGCACUUGAAGGGGCGAAACCUCAAGCCGAUCUUUGUUCAACUCGUCCUGGAGCCCAUCUGGAAAUUGUACGAGGCAACUGUUGGAAUCGACAGCAAAGGUGAUCCGAGCUUGCUGGAGAAGAUUACAAAGAGCCUGGCAAUCACGCUACCACCUCACAUCGCUCGAUCGCGAGAUUCGAAGGCAGUGUUGCAAGCAGUCUUCGCAGCGUGGCUUCCUUUAUCGACAGCACUUUUGGUCUCUGUCAUCGAAUAUCUACCAAGUCCACCGACUGCUCAAGCGUCCCGGCUGCCAGACAUGAUCGAGAGCCUUGUGGGCAAUGAGAAGAUUGAUUCGUCAAUCAAGCGAUCAAUGAUACAGUUCAAUACCGACAUUGGGGCUCCGGUCGUCGCAUAUGUGAGCAAAAUGGUAGCCAUACCUGAGAGCGAACUCCCGAGUAAACGAAGGAAGCUCGGGUCGACACUUACUCCAGACGAAGCCAGAGAGCUUGCCCGGAAGAAACGUGCGGAGAUCGCAAAGGCUCAAGCUGAAGCAGACGGCGUUCAAGGCAUCACCAAUGGCAUGAGUAGUGCAGCUAUCGGAUCUGAAACGCCUGAGGACAACGAACCCGAGAAGCCGGAGGACCCGGAGCACUUGAUUGGUUUUGCCAGGCUUUACUCAGGAAGCCUUUCAGUCGGACAUGAGAUCUGGGUGCUGCCUCCGAAGUUCAGUCCUGCCUUUCCGCAUGCCAGUCCGGCACCGAAGAAGGUACCUAUAACAGCGCUGUAUCUCCUGAUGGGAAGAAGUCUUGAGCCACUCGAGACAGUGCCAGCUGGCGUAGUGUUUGGCAUCGAAGGUCUCGAAGGCACAAUUCUCAAGACAGGCACGCUCUGCUCGCAGGUGGAAGGAGGCAUCAACCUGUCAGGCCUAUCGAACAUCCCCCAACCCAUCGUUCGUGUGGCACUCGAGCCGGUCAAUCCACUUGAUCUGAACAAGAUGAUCAGAGGCCUGAAGCUGCUUGAACAAUCGGAUCCGUCGGCAGUGUAUGAGCAGAUGCCUAGCGGUGAGCAUGUCAUCUUGACAGCAGGCGAAUUGCAUCUCGAACGCUGUCUGAAAGAUCUUCGUGAGCGUUUUGCAAAAUGUGAAAUACAGCCUGGCGAGCCAAUCGUCCCAUACCGUGAGACAAUCGUUCGAGCACCAGAAGAAGAGUAUAUGGAACCUGUCAAGAAAGACCUACCUCGGGGCACCACGAUCGUCACGCCUUCCGGCGAUAACAGCCUCCAGAUUCGACUUCGCGUCCGUCCGCUCCCAACUAAGGUCACAGACUUCUUGAUCAAGCAUGGCGCGUCCAUCCGUCGCUUCUAUGCAGAACAGCAGGCUGAAGAGCAAGCAAAGUCCAAGGACGAUGAAGUCGACACGGACGGCACAGAUGCAGAACCGGAAGAAAAGUCAGAUCAGCAGACAGCCGACCUUGGCGAUGCGGUUGAACACGACUCACAGACCACAAUCCUUCCACUCCAUGAAUUCCGCUCUCAGCUACAAGCCGUCAUCCUCGAAGCCGCCGCGGACGACCCGGAUCCUGUGUGGAAGGACUCCAAUCUCGUUUCCCAUGUCUGCGCCUUCGGCCCUCGCCGUGUCGGCCCAAAUUUAUUCAUCGACGCCACUGGGAAGCCAACCUGCAAGCGCUUCCUCGUCGACACCGACUCACAAGACCGCGCAGCCGGCGCCGGUCUCGACCUCAGCGAGACUACCCUGUACGCAUUUCAACUCGCCACCGGCCAAGGCCCACUAUGUCGUGAGCCAAUGCAGGGCGUCGCAGUGUUCCUCGAAUCGAUCACCUACAGCAAAGACACCACCACCGAGCACUCUACAGAUGACAGCUCGGCCCGCCUUACCGGUCGCCUCAUCUCCACUGUCCGCGAGUCUAUACGCAACGCCUUUCUCGCAUGGUCACCGCGCAUUUUACUGGCGAUGUACAGCCUUACAAUCCAAGCCACACCCGAAGUCCUCGGCCGAGUCUACUCCGUCCUAACGCGCCGGCGGGGCGCCAUCUUGUCAGAAGAGCUCCUUGAGGGAACGCCAUACUUCACCAUCAACGCCUCGCUCCCAGUAGCCGAGUCAUUCGGCUUCUCCGACGAAAUCCGGAAGCGGACGUCGGGACUCGCGCAGCCGCAGCUGCGCUUCACAGGCUUCGGCUUGCCGGAGGGAGUGGACGUUGAUCCGGGGUGGGUGCCGAAGUCUGAGGAAGAGCUCGAGGAUUUGGGCGUGCAUGGCGAGAGGGAGAAUGUGGCGAAGCGGUAUGUGGAUGGGGUGCGAAGACGGAAGGGGUUGUUGGUUCGGGGCAGUAGGGGUGUGGGAAGGGAUGCGGAGAAGCAGAAGAAUAUUAAGACCAACUGA